AAACAUAAUUCUAUAGAAGUGUCAGUUUUUUAAAGAUAGUAAAAAUCCUCUUGUUUUAUUACCUAUUUUUAACAGUAAAAUAAAAUCGGACGUCUUGGUCUUCACAUAAUUUUGGAUCUCGAUUUGGGGCACCAAGAAGAAGGCAUUUGCAUGCAUUGAUUGAUUGUUUUAACAUAUUUCGCCUAACACUUGCAUGCCUUGUUGAAGAAAAAUCUGAUUUUCUAACAGUAAAAAAAAUGGCCAGGGAGUACACACCCAGAGAUUUGGAGAAAUAUGCCCAGGCCCUUCAAAAGGCGAUAAACAGCCACGAGACCCCAGUCAAGCAGAAGCAUGUCCGUUCAGCGAUCAUCGGCACUUUCCACACCCAGAGUGCCAAAACGUUCUGGGCUUAUGCCUUACGUUUACCCGCCAUGGACGACAGGAUAGUGGCAUGGAAGUUGUGUCACGUCGUACACAAAAUACUCAGGGAAGGUCACCCCUUGUGUCUGGUCGACAGCCAGAGGCAUAGGAAGGAUCUGGACGAGAUCGGGAAGCUGUGGGGUCACCUGAAGGAAGGUUACGGGAAGAUGAUAAGACUGUACACUUCGCUGUUGAUAAAUAAACUGGAGUUUCACAGGAGGAAUCCCAGGUUUCCCGGACACCUGGGUGUCACUGCGGAAGAACUGGAAAGCAUCGCGGGCAACGACAUUAACAAUUACUUCGAAAUGACAGUGGAGAUGUUCGACUACCUCGACCACAUCCUGGACUUACAAGAAGCAGUGUUUGGUUCACUUAAUAUGGCACGAUCGAAUUCCAUGACUAACGCAGGGCAGUGUCGACUGGCCCCCUUAAUACCCUGCAUACAAGAUGCAUCGAAAUUGUAUGAUUAUUGUGUAAAAAUUAUGUUUAAGUUACACAUGACCUUACCUCCGGAUAUUUUAGCAGGGCACAGAGAUCGGUUUCUCAAGCAAUUCAAGGCGCUAAAGAAGUUUUAUGAAAGUACGAGUAAUCUGCAUUAUUUCAGAGAUCUCAUCGCUAUUCCCCCUUUACCAGAGAAUCCGCCAAAUUUUCUAAUAAUGGGCGAUUUUAGAACUUAUGUCACUCAAGAGGUCGUCGUGCCUCAGGAACCGGAACAAGACGAAGAGCCCAUUAACGAAGGUAGUUUAAUAGAUACAACCGAUGAUUCUACGAUAGAAAACCACAAUCCUACAAACAUUAGCCUCACUACGGCAGCUCAUCAGGAAAUCAUCAACGAAAGGGAGUUUCUGAGGUCACAAUGCGAGAAAUUGAGGCACGAAGUAAACGCUCUAAUGGCGAAAAACGAAAGGGACGUGGUCAAAUUACAAGACAAGAUUAGUCACCUGGAGACUGACCUUGCCACCAAAGACAGCGAAUUAGUUCAGGAAAGACAAGUCAAGGAGGACCUACUUAAUCAGUCGUUUGCCGUUGCUCAAUCGCAAGAUUCCGAACAAAAAGUUAAAAAUGAAAAGUUCGACAAACUGAAGGACCUUUACGUAAAAUUACGGGACGAGCAUAUACAGAAAAUUAGGGAGAAAGCGGAAGUGGAGAAGAAGCUGGUUGGUGCCCUGAAAAGUUUAGAAAGGCUAAACGAAGUGGAGCAAGAGAGAGAAAGACUGGUUGUAGCGGAGAAACAGAAGAGCUCUGAACUCUCUAACUUGCAGAAAGAUAAAGACUUAUUUAAUAUGGAAACGGAGAUUCUUAAAAAGAGCGUAGCCGAUGCCUGCAGAGAAAGAGACUCUAUUCAGAUUGAGUUGAUGAACAUCGUGCAAGAAAAAGAAGAGCUGAAAAAAAGAUCAGAGGAAUUGUCGUAUAAACUCCUAGACUUGGAACGACAACUUGACAACGAACAAAAGGAAGUACAAAGACGCCUAAAAGAAAUAGUAUUAAGGUCCGUCGAGAACAGCGAAGACAUCUUGAAACACGCCAUUCACGAGGUCGACAACCCCGCCCUCACCGCUCUCAUCUGCAGUCCCGAUUACCUUAGGAGUCUGACGGACGGUUGUCUCGAAUCGUUACAAGACAGCAUGAAGAUCACCAGCACGGAUUACAUUUUAAUCAUAACCACGGCUAGUAAAAUAGCCCACAGGCACGCCACAUACAUUUUACAAGGAAGGGCCACCUGCAAUACUAGUCCCGAUAUCACUUUCGGAGAAAAAAUGGCGGAAGCUUGUAAAAUUCUGGGGCAGGUCGUUUUGAAGCUGCUCUACUGUCUGAAGGAAAACCAAAGUACGGAUGUUGCGGUGAAGGAAGCAACCGAUAAGUUGGAGGAGGUCGCCUCGCUAGCCGAUAGUAUUAAUAUGUCUCUUCUCGGGGAGAAAGCCGAGACCUUGGCGGAUUUGUUGGAGAGCGAGAUGACGGCGAUGGACAAGGCUAUUGAGGAAGCUGCGAAUCGUAUACAGGACAUGCUUACAAAUUCAAGGGCAGCCGACUCGGGUAUAAAGUUGGAAGUCAACGAGAAAAUCUUGGAUUCUUGUACAACCCUGAUGCAAGCAAUAAGGCUGCUGGUACAGAAAUCUCGAUUUUUGCAGGCAGAAAUUGUUGGUCAAGGCCGGGGUACGGCCAGUGCGAAAGAAUUUUAUAAAAGAAACCACCAGUGGACAGACGGUUUCAUAUCUGCCGCUAAGGCCGUCGCAGUCGCCGCAAAGUUCCUGCUGACAGCCGCCGAUAAAGUCGUCACAUCGAACGGAAAACUGGAACAGCUGGUAGUCGCCGCUCAAGAGAUAGCUGCUUCCACGGCUCAAUUAGUCGUAGCCAGUAGAGUGAAGGCGGACAGGAAUAGCAAUAAUUUGCAGCAACUCACUCAGGCCUCCAAGGGUGUUACCACGGCCACGGGAACCGUCGUCGCUACCGUAAAGGAUUGCGGUCAGUUAAUCGAUGAAGCGGAAGAACUAGACGUGUCUAAUUUGACGCUUCAUCAAGCCAAGAGACUCGAAAUGGAUUCACAGGUGCGGGUGUUGGAGUUAGAGAAAGAGCUCGAACAGGAACGGUACCGCCUUGCCAAGCUCCGUAGGCACCAUUACCAGCUGGCCGGCGAGAGCGAGGCCUGAAGUCGUUUGAAGUUAAAGAGUAAUUAAUUACCUUGUCAUAUCUAUUUAUUAACACUAGAUGUAAGUAUUCCAAAGAUAGGUAACUUGUUGAGUAUGGAUAAUGACCUUGAGAGUUGUUAGUGUUAUAUACAGAGUAGUUUAUAUACAUUCAUUUUACCAUAAUAUAUUUUAUAUGUUCGUAUUACUUCGAUUUGUAAUGUACCAUUUACAAGCGACAUAUUUAAAACAUUAAAUUAUUAU